UUUCAUUAUCAACAACAUCCAUGGCAUCAGAUGAAGAUCUUCAAGUGUACUGCCAGCCUUGUGAUGAGGAAGGAACUAGACUACCUGCCCAUGGUUACUGCACUGACUGCAAGGAACACCUUUGCAAGACAUGCUUAACAGUCCACAAAAAACUUAAAUCUUCCAAACACCAUACAGUUCUAGAUGCUACAAGUAUGCCUAAAGUUUUGCAGCAACCCUCAACAUCCAUACACACAAGCCAGUCUGAUAAUCUUACAACACCCUGUUGUAAACAUCAACAAGAAAUGAUCAAGUUCUACUGCAAUGACCAUAAAAAAUUACUUUGCAGUGUUUGUGUUACCCUUGAACACCAACCUACUUCCUGCAAAGUUGAUUAUAUACCUGGUAUUUCUUGUAAUAUAAUUGACAGCAAAGAAUAUCAAAUUAUCUUGAAAACACUUAAUACCACUUUUGAUUAUUAUCAACAGAUGGUAGAAGAUGUCAAAGAAAUGACGGGGAAAUCUAACAGAUCACUAAAAGAUGCACUAGAAGAUAUUAAAAAGUUUCGGAUAGAAAUAAACCAGAGACUUGAUGAACUGGAGAGACAGGUUGUGCAUGUAGUCAAGGUCGCAGAACAAGAAAAUAACUCAAAUAUUACAGCAGUAGAAACAUCGUGUGAAGAAGUUACCAAUUCCUUGAAGAUAUCCUCAGAAAAAAUCAAACAGCUCAACACAUCAAAACAAGCUAAUGCACUCUUUAUGGAGCUUAAGCUUGCAGAAAACAUAAUGAAAGAUGUUGAGAAAACUGCACUACAGUUUUCAUCAUAUGAUGUCAAAGAGCACCACUUUCAAGCAAAUGAAACAAUAUUAACCAAGCUUAAAACAGAGAGGUCAUUAGGUACAUUGACACAAAUAAAGUAUAGACAAUCUUCACAUGAGGGAGAAAUCUGUGUGAAGACAUCAAAAGAUAAAUCAAGAUGCUAUAUAACAGGAAUGACUCUGCUGACUCCUGAUCUUCUUAUCAUCACUGACUACGAUAACUAUGCUGUAAAGAUGGUGGAUACCAGCAGUCAAUCUGUGUCUGAUCAACUACAGCUGGAUGAUCACCCAUGGGAUAUCACAAGAGUUACCAGUACUGAACUUGCUGUCACACUCCCUAACACAAAAAAAAUUCAGUUUAUAUCAUUCUCAUCAAACAAACUUAUAAAGAAGCACAAUGUGAAGGUUGAUGGAGUCUGUGUUGGUAUAAGCUGUUACCAAGGUAAACAUGUUGUGUCAUUCGUUACCCCUGCAAAACUUCAGAUCAUUGAUAUGAAUGGCACUAUACUGACAACAAUUGAUGGAAAAAAUAUUUUCAAAAGUCCCUAUUAUGUAACAUGUAACAGAAGUUCAAUCUAUUUAUCUGACCGGGAGAUGAAGACAGUAACAAGAUUUAACUGGCAAGGUGAUGUGAUUGGUAGUUAUAGUGGUAUGUGUACGCCUAGAGGAAUAUCACUGUCAGAUGAUGGUUCUGUCUUUGUGUGUGAUAAUGGGAGAAAUGUUAUAGAAGAGAUAUCAGAAGAUUCUUCUACAGGAAAAGUUGUGUUGGAGAAUCUGAAUGAUCCCUAUACUGUAGGUUGGUGUGGUGAAACAAAGAAGCUAUAUUACAGCUGUCGCAGUGUAAAAGCAAAAUAUGCCAACUUUCUAUACAUUUAUAAACUGUCGUAAAACUUACACCAAUGCAUUAUAGGAAAGGUGAAAAAUCAUUUUAUAUUGUUAAGUUUGCAUUCUAGCGGCUGAAAACAACCAAUUUGCAUUUUCCUUUUUCUACAAAGAAAGAGAAACUAAACUUGCGAGCAUCUGGUAUCAGUCGUUUCUUACGAUAUGCCAAAGAAGGAACCAGCGUUUAUAGUGUCAUGUUAGGAAAAAGAAAUGAUUUUUCCUUUUUUAAGUCACUGCAUGUAAUCAAUCUACUAUAGAAAAAUAAAACAUGAUAUUCGAAAUUUAAUGCAAAAAUAUUAUACAAAAUAAUUACGUACAAUAGUUUUGCAUUAGAUAAUUUCGGGAAAAUUUGUAAAAAAAAUUGUAAUGCAUACACUUAUAAUUAUUCAGACGAAAGUGACCGAUUAUAUGACCAGAUGCAGUCAUCUCACUUCAGAAAGAUUUUACAUAUGCAAAACAUAGCAGACAACUUUAUGUGAAAUUUAUGCAAAAUAAAAGCACGUAGAUACAUCUGUAAUAUAAGUUUCCGAUGAAAGUCAUAAUUUAUAAUAAUUUCUGUCAGGAAGAUAUUAAAAUCAAUGUGUAUGUACGUUUUUCCAUUAUCUUUUCAUCCUUCCGGAAACAAAGAUUACACCUUGCUCUUUUGGAGAGAUUUUGAAGAGAAAAACUGAUGGAUGCUUCUCAAAAUAAAUAUUUACUUCUAGUACUACGAUAUUUCUUUUGAUUAAAAUAAGAAAAUAUAAGGUUAAAAGCUAUAUUUAAUGAUCGCAAAUUUAAAAUAAGAUUGUAUUCAAAUAAGGAAAACGGAAUAACGCCUAAAACGACAAAAUUGAAAAUGUUGCAGGCUCGGUUUGAUUGAGUCUGUUCGUGGAUGGUUACCGUCCACACCCCCUGCAUCGGCUGAAGUAGAACUUAAAAAAUGGCAGAGAAAUAUCAUAUUCAAGUCUAUAUUAUUAUUCAUUUUUAUUUAUUA